UUAUAAUAAGAUAGACAGGUUUGAAGGCAGGGAUGAAGUACACACCUACUUUUUCAACGGCUAACAAAAGUGUUUGUUGCAUUUUUAUUUUGGCACCAGACAGAGAUGCUUCAGGACAAACGGUUAGUUAGCCAGCAGGGAAGAUAUGAGGACCAGCAGAUUUGUUUGGGAGCAACUGCAACGAAUGGGGCCAUUGGAGAGUGGAUAUUAAAGGUGAUGUUAUUCUGUAACUAACCAAGUCGUUUUAUGGGAGAGGCCAAAAUUACUCCGAGAGGUGAAACAUGUAGGCAACAUGGCAAAAACCAGUGGACCUACAACACAAGAGCUCCAGGUAGAGACAUUACAAGCUGAGAUCAGUAAUUAUAUUUAACACUAAAACUGAAGAAAGAUAAAACAAUUAGAUCUUCAGCUUGUCAGUCUAGGGACAGGGACAAUGGGCUCCACAGGCUCCAGACCCAGGCUGCAUAAAGUAGCUCCAUGUAGCCUGCAAGAAGAAGGGGACAAGCCAAAACCUCAAUGGACCCUCCCUGCCCUGCCGGUCAGUGUGGAGCAGCCAUCUGAAUCUUUGGGACAUACGAAGACAACCUUACCUCCUCUGAAACAGGAAAUAUCUCUUUCCACACUCUCAGAACCAUGUAUUGCAGGAAACUUCACACCAAAGCAAAGCAACCAUUCAAGCAUCAUUCACUCCCAUCCACCCAGGAGACCCCAGGCACUGCAACCACUGGAUGUUCAAAUUGGCCAACCAAGCAAUGCCAAUCAAAUUGCAAUGGGGAUGGGCUGCAGAGAUGGGGGUGCCCAGCAGUUUUCUAUAACAAGACGCAACGGCCCCGGUCGAAUGACUCAGGCAGGGUUUCUGGAGGCCCAGACAGCUCUCACUCAACAGGAUCAGCAACAGCAGCGAGCUCAGCUCCGACAAGCCAGAGAGCUGAGAAGACGUAAGGUUGUCUACGCAGUUAAAGUUGGGAAUACAGGAAAGAGCCAGGGGCCGAAACUUGUGAGGAGGCCCACAGAGAGGGACAUCUUCUGGGAUGAGACCACAGGUGAUAGACUGGACCUCAGCUGCUUUCUGGACCAAAAAUCUCUGCCUCACCUUGGCCUGCCGUGCAAUCAGCUCCUCAGAAGAGGAACGGGGUGUGAACCAGAGGGAUCAAGCUCAAGGCCCAAGAAACAAAUAAAGCAAGAAGAAAAAGUUGAUGGGGCCUGAGUCUGCCAGUAAAUGUCUGGCAGGAUAUGGUUUUGCAAGGGGGACCCGGGAUUAUGAACUGGACUGAAAACAUUUUUUUUUCUGUGUCUAGCAAUCUGGGUAGGAAAAUAAUUAAAAACAUCAGGUCAGAUAACACAAAUUAUUCACCAAAAUGUACAGAAUCUAUCUUUUAUUUAAGUUUCCAGAAAGAAGGAUUUUCACAUACAAUAUUUUCUUUUUCAAAAGCCUCCAAUCAGAAAAGACAUAAUUCUUGACUGAUGUUAUGGUGCCCUCUAGGGAUGAAAGUGAUGCACUAAAAAUGAGAAAACGUACUGCUCACAGUGGGUCGUGAGCUUGUUUGGACUUCCCACAAUAUCGAUAGCGAACAACCAAAAACCCAUUUCAUAUGUUGAAUUCAAACUGUUUUGGAUGAAAAUCAUCCACCCUGAUAGCUCCUGAUCUAUUACUGUACAACCGCUAUAGAAAUGAGUACAUAACAGUCUUUAGGUAUCCAAUGAUAUCCUUUUUG